AUGCGGGCGCCUUUUUGGACCGGUCGGAAUUCUGUAACAUUCCUGUACGACAUGCCGGAGCACUGCGCAGCAUAUAGCUGCUCUAACCGGCGGACCAUCCCAAACAGGGCUCGGGGGAUCACCUUCCACAAGUAAGACUUAAUAUAACGCUGUCACUGUCCCCUGCUCUCUCAAUCCCUCUAUAUACAGAUAUAAUGAGCACCACACUGCCAGAUAUAAUGAGCACCACACUGCCAGAUAGAAUGAGCACCACACUGCCAGAUAGAAUGACCGCCACACUGCCAGAUAGAAUGAGCACCACACUGCCAGAUAGAAUGAGCACCACACUGCCAGAUAGAAUGAGCACCACACUGCCAGAUAGAAUGAGCACCACACUGCCAGAUAGAAUGAGCACCACACUGCCAGAUAGAAUGAGCACCACACUGCCAGAGAUAAUGACUGCCAGAGAUAAUGACUGCCAGAGAUAAUGACUGCCAGAUAGAAUGACUGCCAGAUAGAAUGACUGCCAGAUAGAAUGACUGCCAGAUAGAAUGACUGCCAGAUAGAAUGACUGCCAGAUAGAAUGACCGCCACACUGCCAGAUAGAAUGAGCACCACACUGCCAGAGAUAAUGAGCACCACACUGCCAGAGAUAAUGAGCGCCACACUGCCAGAGAUAAUGAGCGCCACACUGCCAGAGAUAAUGAGCGCCACACUGCCAGAUAGAAUGAGCGCCACACUGCCAGAUAGAAUGACCGCCACACUGCCAGAUAGAAUGACCGCCACACUGCCAGAUAGAAUGAGCGCCACACUGCCAGAUAGAAUGACCGCCACACUGCCAGAUAGAAUGACCGCCACACUGCCAGAUAGAAUGACCGCCACACUGCCAGAUAUAAUGACCGCCACACCGCCAGAUAUAAUGACCGCCACACCGCCAGAUAGAAUGACCGCCACACCGCCAGAUAGAAUGAGCGCCACACCGCCAGAUAGAAUGAGCGCCACACCGCCAGAUAGAAUGAGCGCCACACCGCCAGAUAGAAUGACCGCCACACCGCCAGAUAGAAUGACCGCCACACCGCCAGAUAUACUACCAUCAGGUACAAAUACCCGAAGGCGGGGAAGAUUUGUCCAUCCCCAGCACACCGGCUAGAUCGGUCACUCCAUCCCGGGGUGACAACGCAAGCCCUGCAUCACUCAGGGCAUGGACCAUUCCUCGGAUCAUGGCCGAACUAAGGAAGAGGAAUAUUCCUUUCCCAGCUAGGAAAGCAGAAUUAUACAGACUGAUGAAUACACAGACUGAUAACUCAGGGGCGGGGGAAGGGUCCAGUGGCAGCCAGUCUUCUGAUCUGCAUACUGUUUUGUCCUCAGUCCUGACUUCUUUGGGCUGUAUUACGGAUAAACUCGACAAGAUGGAUGCAGAUAGCCAUCAACGGUCAUCUUCUCCAUUAGGGAUUCCGGUCGCUACGGUGCGCCUGGACCCCCUACCGGGUAAUAUACCAACCGGUCUGAAAGACCCACAUAUUAUUAAUCCGGCACAUAUGGUGCCUGCAAACACUAAAAAGGACAUCUUGGAAAGGAAGGAUAUCAAUCUGGUAUCACUUCUUAUAGCCUCGCAAAAUGUUCUUGAAAAUAGAACCUAUGCAUAUGGGGAUAUGUCGGUUGUGUUGAAAUCUAGGGACCCCAGGUUGAAUCGAAAACUAUCUAUUCCCGAAUUUGUGUUGACUUUCGGUAUAUACAGAGAUGUGAUAUGCUCUGUAUAUCCGGAUAGGAGAGAAAAAUUGGACCUUUAUCUCCACAAGCUGGUGGAUUUGGGGCACAAGUACGGUGGUACGUCUUUUUACGACUACCACCGUGCCUUUUCCGCAAAGGCGUCGGCCGCUCUAUCUCAGUUCAAUUAUCAAGCUGAUUGGUGUGUGCUUGAUACAGAGCUUUUUUGUCGACACUUUGCGGGCCUCAAAACCCCAGCUUGUGCCAUUUGCUCAUCCAACUCCCACACAGCUAAUCUGUGCCCUAACUCUCCAGAGGUGAAUGCCGUUUUUUCUCCUACUAAUGUGAUGCCCACUGGGAGAACAGGCAGGGUGCUGAAAGAUAAACUAGGCCGUGAUAUAGUGUUUUGGGGAAAAUCGCAAGUCUGUAACAAUUUUAACACUGGCACUUGCAGAUACAGUGCCUGCAGACUACUGCAUGUCUGCUCCCAAUGAUUCAGGGCUCACUCCAAAGUAAUGUGCCCCAAUAAAUUAUAUCCUAAGCAGUACUUAUCGUCUCUUAAUGUCUCCCUACUGGAAGAGCUUUUGUGUGGUCACCCAUCUCGACAUCUCGUUGAGUUUUUGGUGGCAGGAUUUACUUUGAGGUUUCACACGGUAUUAUUCACAUGCCUACGGGAAUCUUGGAAUGUAAAAACUUACAGACAGCCAUCAGCUCCCGACACUAUUGACCUACUUCUCCAGAAGGAAGUUGACCAAGGUUUCUUAAUAGGCCCUUUCGACUGGUGUUAAGUGGCAAGGUUCAUAUUAUUUUUUUACGCGCCUCACGUUUGAUUCUAAGAGCAUCCCCAGGAUUUUUGAUAUAUUUGCUGAGACGUUGUGCUGGAUGCUGCUUAACAUCUGUAAAUGCCCUGCCGUGAUCCAUUACCUGGACGAUUUCUGACCAUAGAAAGGAACCUGGUACCUCCUAGUAGCCUCCUGUCCAUAACACGACUGUUCACACAACUAGGAGUACCUGUUUCACCAACAAAGACUGAAGGUCCAGAUAUGAUCAUCAACUUCUUGGGGGUGGUGCUGGACUCUGUACAUAUGCAGGCUAGCCUCCCCAGGGAGAAGAUUGAACGCAUCCUGGCAGCCAUCGACUUUUACCUAGCAGGUGGCUCAUGUAAUAGGAAGGAGUUACAAUCCCUGUUGGGUUCACUAAAUUUCGCUAUGAAAAUUAUUCCACAGGGGAGAGCGUUCAUAUCCCGUUUGCUUAGCCUAUUUCCCCUAUUGCAAUCUGAUGCCUCCCGCAUUACGUUAGACGUACAUGCCACCGCUGACCUACAUAUGUGGAGGGAAUUUUUGCUAAAUUGGAAUGGGAAAAGCAUUUUUAUCCCGGUAUGGUCAGAUAAGUCGGUGUCAGUCUGGACGGAUGCCGCUGCCACUUCAGGAUUUGCCGCUAUUUGUGGCAAUGAAUGGAUGUGGGGUAAAUGGCCGGGGGAAAUUACUGAGAUCCCCAAGUUCAAGGACACAUCAGCCUUAUUUGAGCUGUAUCCUAUUGUGGCAGCAGCAGUUAAGUGGGGAGCUUGCUGGUCUGGGAAUACGGUGCGUUGCUUCUCGGACAACAUGGCAACGUGCCAUAUUGUAAACAAUGGACGUUCCUCUUCCCUGGCCAUUAUGCGGUUUAUGAGGACUCUCACAUGGCUAGCUGCAAAACACAGUUUUCUUUUAACUUGCAUUCAUGUGCCUGGGGUUCUCAAUAUCGCUGCUGAUCACUUAUUCCCUCCUUGCCGGUAUGCACACUGCAGAAAGCCACAGCAGUUGGCACCUGUGUUUUUCCAGCAUCUAAAGUCUGCAAAGGACACAUGGAAAUUGUUUUAGAAUUUCCUCCAGGCAACAGUUUUCCUAUAAACUGACCUCUCAGUUUGACUUGUGAUGGUAUUGCCCCAGAAUUACAAUAUUGUUAAAGUACCUCUUAGCUAUUGAUAACUGGUUUAAAUAUAGCAGCUUGUUAUCUGGUAGUUUCUAGUGUAGAAAAUAUCAAUCUGUUUUCUAUCACUUAGAUCUGCGUAACAAGUGUUGUAGGUGUGAAACAAUAUUACAAGUGACUGAUGUAGUAAAUUUGAAUCAAAGUUACGCUUCGAUUUGACUCUCAGAUAUGAAGUGAACACCCUAAAAAGUUUUUUAACUUUUUAAAACUCCAAUGUAAGCAGCAGAUUAGCAGCAAAACAAUUAUAUGUUUGUUUACAAGUGUGCAGAAAGCACACUAUUAGACUGCAGCCUUUGAAAACGCGCCAUUAAAUCGCCGAACUCCAACUCGAACAUACAGUGAUAUGUUCGGGUUCAGGUCCGGGGUCCAAAAAACCUAAUGUUCGGUACGAACCCGAACUUUUUAGUUCGGGUUCGCUCAACUCUAUCCCUGUAUAAAGCUGUCAGUGUUCCCUGCUCUCUCUCACUCAAUCCUUGUAUAAAGCUGUCAGUGUUCCCUGCUCUCUCUCUCAUUGUAUAAUGCUGUCAGUGUUCCCUGCUCUCUCAAUCACUGUAUAAUGCUGUCAGUGUUCCCUGCUCUCUCAAUCACUGUAUAAUGCUGUCAGUGUUCCCUGCUCUCUCAAUCCCUGUAUAAUGCUGUCAGUGUUCCCUGCUCUCUCAAUCUCUGUAUAAAUCUGUCCGUGUUCCCUGCUCUCUCUCACUCAGUCCCUGUAUAAAGCUGUCUGUGUUCCCUGCUCUCUCUCACUCAAUCCCUGUAUAAAGCUGUCUGUGUUCCCUGCUCUCUCUCACUCAAUCCCUGUAUAAAGCUGUCAGUGUUCCCUGCUCUCUCUCUCACUCAGAGUAACUUGUAGUUUAGCUCAUUACAAUUUCCAAGUAGCGUGCCCAAUGCUGUGUAUUAUUCAUAUGUAAUUCACCAUAACAAAAGUAUACCCCACUUAAAAUCAAGGGAACAAAACACCUUAGUUUAGAAUGGUUUUCAAACAAGCUUAUUCACAAUUUCAACAAAUUUGGUUCAUUAUAAAAACAUAUGCAUCAAAAUAGGAGGUUUGUUGAAAAAAGUUUCUGAAAAAUGUAAAGUAAGAAAAUUAGCUUGAACUCCUUUUGUGAAAUGUUUUUGUGUAGACUCUCCUAAAUUUUCCAUUUUCAUUUUGAAGGUUUCCCAAGGACAAAGAUGUGAGGAAGAAGUGGGAAGUGGCUUUGAGAAGAGAAGGAUUCACUGCAAGUGAUUCAUCAGUGCUUUGCUCUCAACAUUUUAAGCAGGGUGAUUUUGAUAGGACGGGUCAGAUUGUCAGACUCAGAGAUGGUGUUAUUCCAUCUGUCUUCAGCUUCCCGGUUCACCUUCAAAAGGUAGGUGUAUCAUCAUAAGGUUAUUAGCAUUCAUAAUUUGAUAUUUUCUAUUAUCAAACACAGGGCAGGGUGAGAUACUUAUCCGUAUAUAUAUAUAUAUUAUGCUUCUUUAUUUUAGUUGGAAAUGGGCAGGUCGACAUCUACCUCCAGAAGAGCUGAAGAAAGCUUACCUAUGGCCUCUCAGGAUUCCAAAGAAACAGCAACCUCAAAACCUCACCCUACUGAUGUGAAUAUUUCUACUUUAAAUAUCAUAUCAUAAUGUUCCUGGACAUAUUAAAAAUCGAACUUGUUUGUUGCCACUCAUAUUAAACACACUCACAAGUAAACGAAUACAACAAACCAUGUUCAUCCCUUUUUCUACUAGGAUCAUAGCUAUGCCUUGCCUGCUUCCCCUACAACUCUUAAGACCAGACUCAAUGAAGCCUUAGCAAGAGGGGAAAGUCUGGAACGAGAGAAGAAGAAUGCCAGGGCCAGAGAAAAGAGGGCAAAGACCACAGUAAAGAGUCUUUUGGGGGAUUUGAGGAAAAAGCACCUAAUUAAUGAAGAACUCAAAGAGAAGCUUGAAUUCUACUCAGGUAGAGUUUUUUAUGAUUGCUUAUACACUAAAAUUAAACUUUUCCCACAAUCUCAAAGCAAAAGCUUUCAAAUGAACACACCAAUUGAUUAAACACAGCCGCCAGGUGUGCACCAUAAUAUAUAUGUCUAUGCUGUGCACACACACUGACGGUUAAUUGUAGACACACCAAUCUGGUGCAAGCACGUUGCCUUGCAAAUGAAAAUAUAACCUGUGAUAUUUACAAGGACCUGUGACCAGAUCCAGCAAAGCAGAGAGAUGUUUAGUUUUCUUUUUUAUUAGAUACUGAACUGGAUAUGUAAUUUAUGUUCCAGUAUUACUGUAAGCACAAAGUACAAUGGUACAGAGGCGUCAUGCCCAUUGAAAUUGAGGGGUACGUGACCCUUGAGAUUUUUAGAGGUAAUUGGAUUUUGCAUUCAUUUUAAAUCAUAACAUUUCAGAUAGACCUCAUGGCAAAGCAGGGCAAUGAGUACACAAAGGACUACAGAGAGUUUGCGCUCACGCUCCAUCUACAUGGUCCAAAGGCAUACAAAUACCUCAGAGAGAGACUGCAUUUUUCCCUCCCACAUCCACAUACAUUACAAAGGUAGGCUUAAUAUUGUCCAAUUUUAAGUUUUGGAAAUUACAGAUGUAAACACGUUAAAUCGUUUCCUCUCAAUUUUUUACAGGUGGCUGCAUUCGGUGGAUGCCAAGCCUGGCCUAA